UGCGCUAGCGGAGGGCUCGGCCUUGCGAGUAUCAGGUUGGUUCGCGGAGAGGAGGUUUGUGUAGUCAGCUCUUGCACAGGGAUUCAACGAGAAUGUGUUGCUGACAUAAGAGAGUAGAGUUUCCCUAGCCACGUAAGUACUAUUAAUACACCACAGGAGAUGAUGUCUUGCUGAAACUAGGGAUCGGCCCGGGAAAAAGGCCAUCCCUUCCUACCAGCUACGCAUACAUCGGCUUUCGAAUCUGGUCUCAAAGGAAAACCCAGAGGGAAAAAAAGAAUUUGCACUUCAGUACCUGAUUUUUAUUAUCAAACUAACAGAAGGACUCGGACGUUUUUGCAUCGUUUUUAGCCUUGCUGGAUAUAUAUGCAUUCUGUCAUCUGGAAGGCCAAAACCAGCAGGAAAUCUGAAACCAUUGAUCUAAUAUUAUCCUCGUUUGCACUUUCUUGGCACUGCGGCGCCAACGGUUCCAACGAAUUCAUUAAUGUUCCAUUGCGGCUUAGGUUUCUGCACUUGCUUUUCUCAUUCUGAUUUAGUUCAUGUACCUUUUUUGUCCUUUUUAAUAUAUUGGAAAGCAUGAAUAACAUUUUUCAAUAGUAACGACCAAAAGCAGUACUGAAUGACCUUUUUUUCCUUUUCGCCAGUCAAAUAAUUUAGGAGUUUGCUUUUCAGGGAAAGGAUCCAGACGCCAUCUAGAGUUGGAAACCUGAUUCUUUGCCCCUUCCAUUAACUCCCUCUCUUUUUUUAAUAGAAGUUCGGUAAUGCAUUACCUGACUUUCCUUUUUUCCCCGAUCUGUGAAACAGAUCAUUUUUUUCCGUGCAAGCCUCAUCUCAACGUGAACCAAUUUUAAAAAGAAAGAACCUUAACAUUUGGAGUGGCAGCUUUCAUAUUUCUUCAAGACAAUAGAUACUUGGCGCACUGUUCUUUUCAUUCCACUUUGAACAUUUUUUUGUCUAUACUAAUGUGCCAACAACAACCAGUGCUUUUAUAAGUGUAUAUCUGCAGUAGAUCUGCAUUUGUACGGUGCUUCUCUAUAAACAGACCAUCCAACUGUGAACCAGUAGACGUGGACUUAUAAAUUUGGAUCACUGAGGCCACUGCAAGGCCGAACACGAUCUUCGGUAUUAUAUCCUUUCCACCCAAUCCGGACAGAAGUAUCAUUUUGUUUUUGGCCUAUCUUAUACUCAUGAACAUACAGAGAUCAAACCCCAUUAACAUAACGCGUUAUGGGAGAUCGAGACACAAAAAUCACGAUUUCGAGGAGCUCUCGUGUUUAAGGACAAGUGAAUCGAGUCAGAGUUUUAGUCCGAAUUUGGGAUCACCUAGUCCUCCGGAAACGCCAAACUCCUCGCACUGUAUCUCGUGCAUUGGGAAAUAUCUAUUACUUGAACCGCUGGAAGGGGACCACGUUUUCAGGGCCGCGCACUUACACAGCGGCGACGAGUUAGUUUGCAAGGUAUUUGAUAUUGCGCGAUACCAAGAAUCGUUAGCAGCUUAUUUUUGUCUGUCCUCGCACGAAAACAUAAACCAAAUUACAGAGAUUCUUCUUGGAGAAUCAAGGGCCUAUGUGUUCUUUGAGAAGAGUCAUGGGGACAUGCAUUCGUUUGUUCGAACCUGCAAGAAGCUGCGAGAGGAGGAAGCUGCCAGACUCUUCCAUCAGAUAGCAUCUGCUGUUGCCCAUUGCCAUGACAGUGGACUGGUACUGAGAGAUCUGAAAUUGAGAAAGUUUGUUUUUAAGAAUGAAGACAGAAAUCUCAUUAAGUUGGAAAGCCUAGAGGAUGCAUACAUAUUGGAGGGAGAAGAUGACUCUCUUGCAGAUAAACAUGGUUGUCCAGCUUAUGUGAGCCCAGAGAUCCUAAACACAAAUGGCAGCUAUUCUGGCAAGGCAGCUGAUGUGUGGAGUUUGGGUGUUAUGCUCUACACAAUGCUUGUUGGACGUUACCCCUUCCAUGAUGUGGAGCCAAGUUCUCUGUUCAGCAAAAUUCGCCGUGGGCAGUUUAGCAUUCCAGAAACUCUAACUCCUAAGGCCAAAUGCCUUAUCCGCAGCAUCCUUCGUCGAGAGCCAGCGGAAAGGUUAACAUCACGGGAAAUCUUGGACCAUCCUUGGUUUUCCUCUGACGUCCAUGCCUCCAGUUCAGGCUAUGGUGCGAAUGACAAAGAUGCUUCUGAUCAGCUGGUGCCUGAUGUUAAUAUGGAAGAAGAGUUGGACACAUUUUUCAGCUGAGCAGCACAUCCGCCACUGAAAGCAUCUUGAUGAUGCUAUGGAUUUAGACUUGAGACAUGAAGGAGUCCAUCUAUACCCAUUUAAUGCACCCUAAAUCAACAUAGCUUGUUGGCAAGUCAGAGUGAUGGUUCCUGAAUAAGCUCUUAAAUUGCUUCAAAUCAUGUGAAAUGCAGAUAAAAUGUAGCAAACUUGAAGAGCUGUUUUCAAGUUAGAUUGAUGCUAGGUGGGAAAUUGCAAAAUAAUAUUAAAGGGCAGUAUGGAGCAUUGCAGCUUCUCAUCUCAUGGAACCAAGGAGGGCAUCUAUAGGGUACACCUACCAGUCAAUAUUGCAUAUUAUCACUCCAAGUUCAUGCCCCUUUUUGCUUUCUGUUUUAAACCUGCCCUAUUCAAAUACUCUCCCUGAAAACCUUAAAAUAUUUGACAAGAAAAUUAAUGGAACUUUGCCCUUUGUCUCUGCACACAUUUGGCAUUGUACUGUUAGACUUCUUUAUUGUAUCCCUUCUGUUAUUCAGGUAAUGAACAAUCACUAACAGAGUAAUCUUUUUCACUUUAUUUAUUAAUGUUAAACAGAUCAUUGUUUUUCAUAAAAUGCAUUAGCACAAAAAAAAAAACAUUGAGAUGAUAUGCGGGUGCUAAUAAAUUAAGAAAAAAGUAAUACAUCAGAAUUUCUGAGUUUUUUUAUUUUUAUUUUAUAAGCCUUUAUAUACCCUGUAUAAUACCACCUUAUUUCUUCAGACCAUCUCAUAAUGUUCCUGUUGAAAUUUUAUUUUUCCCAUGAAAGCCUAAGUGGUUACUCUUUUACACUUUUUUUUUUUUCUUCAUUCAUCUUUGUUGCAGUAAGUUACUAUAAUGUAAAUUUCUAUUUUUUCAGUUUGCCUGCAGGACUUUUAGUAUAAAAUAUACAGGGUUUUGAAAUACUUUCUUCCAGACUUACAGCCAUGCACUUAUUUUUUAUUUUAUUUUAUUUUAUUUUUUUGUAUAGGUGAAAAUUGCUGUUGGGCUCUGACUUGAUUCACAUGUCAAUGCAAGUUAACAAUCAGUAAAAUUAUUUAAUUAUGCAUAUUCUAAAUUGUUGGCAUCAAUACAAAUGUAAAGUUUAAUUUAACACACAUAUAUAAAUAUAUAUAUAAAUAUAUAUAUUUUUAAAUACAGGUAGUAAAUAACAUACAAUUUAUUUAAUAUUUUAUUUUUUAGGCUUUCCAGCUGUGAUGUUAAGCUUGUUUGGCCAUGUAAGACAUGGAACUCUGUAAAAGGCACAGAGUCAAAGCUUGCAUUAAAUUACAGAUUGCCUAAGAGAUACAUGGGCAACCUCAUCUGUUGGUGUAUUUUUUUUUUCUACCCAUUUGUAGCAAAUUAAACUUCCCUUUUCUGUUGGUAUUUGUACUAUGUUUAUUUGUAAUGCACCUGACAAAUGAUUUCUGAUAAUACAGACUCUGCAGACUGAAGACAGAAAGUACAUUUUUCUUCAUAAAACAUAUUUUGAUGGUGUACAUAACAGCAUGCUGAUUUUAUGGUUCAUACUGAAUGACUGCGUUUUACUUUUAAUGAAUGUGAAUUUCAUUAUCGAUUUCAUAUUGACCAGUGUUUUUCUAACAAUAGCAGUCAACUGUGUAAGAAUUCCGUAGCAGCUGUAAUAAACCAUCAGAAUAUAUUUUUAUCACUACAUGUUUUGUUGUUUGUUGUGGCAUACACCACAAUUCUGUUUUAACAAUAGCACUGCAAAUGUGCUUUUUAUUUUAUUUUAUUAUGAUUAAUUUUUUUUUUUUUUUAAUAUAAAUCAGAGGCCAGUAACACUCCUGUUGCAUUGCUUAUGACAAUGUGUUAUGCACUCCACAAAACUCUUCUACUUUUCUGUAUUUCCAACCCUGAAUAUUUUUUAACCAUUUGUGGGUGGGGGUUGAAAUGAGUCAUAGGUAUAACUAACUCUGUUUUCCAGUACCUCAUUUUUUUUUUUAAUUUUAUUUUUUCUUAUUACUGCCUGUACAAGUUCUGUGAAAUGGUCAUGUUAUGGGUAGGUACAUGUGGACUCUUGUAGUAUGUAAAUGUUACUUGAAUUUGUGCUUAUUAUAAUGUGUGGCAUGUGCAUACAGCUACUUAGCAUUUGCCCUUUGAAUGAUAUUCCCUGCUCAGCAGGAAAGCUUAACAAAAAAAAAAAAAAA